AUGCUCACAACCGUGAGCUUUACGAUCACUGAAACAGCAACAGCCACGGCCACUUCCACUGAGACGACAACGCUGUCGCCUCCUCCACCACCAGUCAGCACCUUGACAGUCAUAUACCCAUCACCAGAUGCUGCUCCAGUAGAAGUCACAUCUAUCAGUCAAGUUGUCACGUCAUACAUUCCAGAAGCCACCUUCUGCGUAGGGCCCGCUCUGUACUUCUCCUCCAUCUCCGGCGGGCCUUUCUUCAACGGCUCAGCAAACGUCACCCAGUAUAUCUCUGGAACAACCAGCUGCAGCACAGAAUACCUCACCACAACCAAAACCAUCUGCGCAACAACCCUAACCGGCAUAGCCUCAAAGAUCACCGUCUCAGAAUGCGACCAAGAAAUCACUUUCUCCAGCGAAUGCGGCUACAGCCUCGAAACCCCCCCUCCAACCCCGGCAACCCCCAGCAACUGCCCCCUCAUCACCCCCGCCCCCACCAUCUACAGCCUCACAACCUACUGGCUCGCGCCCUGGCAGUCCCUCACGUCCGGCGCCGCCCCCUCCGACGUCGCGGUGAAAGUCUGCACGCAGCUCGCCGACGGCACCGCGCAAUGCCAGCGCUACCAGGAGGUCUGGGAGGUGUUCCCCGUGACCUCGACGCUCACCACGGCGCUCCCGAUCACGUUCUCGCGCACGCUCGCCGGCCCCGGCGCCCUCAUCAUCGACGCGAGCACCUCAUUCAUCAACAGUACCGCCGAGGUCGUCGAUCUGUCCAAGACCCUGCGUCUCGAGACCGAGGUCACGCUCGAGGGCACCAGCACCGUGCGGCCCUCGACCACGGUGCGGCUGACGACGCAGACCACGUCGACGCGCACGGUGACCCGGCACCUGCAGCAUGCCGCUAGUACGCCGAUGAGCACCUCCGUCUCGGAUCUCACGAGCGAGAGCUCGUCCGCGGAACCCACGACUACGGUGCUGGUGACGUCGUUUGUGACGGAGCGGCGCACGCACACGAUCACGCGGCCGCGCUCCAGGACGCUGUCGAGGGGCGAGGGGGACGCGUAG